UGAAAUCAAAGCGAUACCAGUGGAACGUUGUCCGUAUCCAAAUUCCAUGCAGAUCGAUGUUUGGCUGCCUGGCAAGGAUGCUCAAAAGCCGGACAGGAUUAGAAUUCUAAUGGCAGCCGAUCGAAAAGAAGAGAUGAAUUCGUGGAUCAGUACGAUGAAUAUUUCGCUUCGAAAUCUUACCCUCUGGUCUUGCCGGCACUAAAA